AUGCUGACCGCUUUGGCUCCUCCAGUGCAUUUGUCCGGGGACAGGUUGGGCUGGACAUUGCUAGUGUGCGUGGUCAGUGACCUUCAGAGAGGGCACAUUGAAGUCGUGUGGAAGCCGUCUCGUCACUACAUUCCUGAGUCAUCAUUCACCAGUGUUAUAGUAAACGACAGACACCAAAGUCACAGUCCUGUAUCCAUCAUCACCGUGGCCACCAAUGACUGGCCUGGAUUCCGCUGCUCAGCCAAUCACAAGAGGCGUCCCAAAAUUCCCAAGAGACGUCGCGUCAAUCCCUCAAGUAACGAAGAAACAAGAUGCUUUGAUGAGAUGGAAAUUGAUUACGCAAACACUGUGGUGGUGCUGAUGCUGAGGCUACUUCUGCUGAAGAUUGUGGCCUUCAAUGUGCUGCUGACCAUCUACUCAGUUAUCAAGUGGUAA